UCCCUGACGGCUUUUUCACGACGGAUAAGAUAAGAAGUGCAAUAAAUGGACACAGAAAUUAGACUGGAGUCAAUUUUCGGCAACCUCAGUGAAGGUAAUGAAUUGAAAUGCAUCUUGUUGUUCUCGUUGGUUGGUUGUUUCUUCUCAUCGAAUCAGUGGCAGCGACACAAUGCUUAAGUUGUGCACCAAUGCCAAGCAGUGUGCCAUGUAUAACCACCACAAACUGUACAGGCGGACAAGAAUGCUAUGCUAAGUACGUAAUGAAGCCUGAUGGAACGGUAAUUUACGAAUUCGGUUGUCACAGUAGUCAGACAUGUCCCGGCCAGAUGGGUACCCAUGCUUUGAUUGGCAAGCGAGCAACUGGCGAUAUUGAACUAUGCUCUAAAUUUUGCCAAGGAGUUAUGUGUAAUCAAGGCACACUUUGUACAGGUAUUACCGCGCCCACUUCAACAACAUCACCUUUCACCACUUCUUCAACGAUCAUAGCACCUACAACCCCUGCCAAUCCGUGUUUCCCAAGUCCCUGUGUACACGGAUCGUGCUUCAUAAGCAGCGCAAACUCUCUUACAUUCUUCUGUAUGUGCCAGAGUGGCUUCGAGGGAGUACAUUGUGAAACGACUACAACUUCAACAAUGUCACCUUCCACCACUACCUCAACGACCACAGCACCAACAACCCCUGCCAAUCCGUGUUUCCCAAGCCCCUGUGUACAUGGAUCGUGCUUCAUAAGCAGCGGAAACUCUCUCACAUUCUUCUGUCUGUGCCCAAUUGGCUUCGAGGGAGUCCACUGUGAAACCACUUCAACUUCAACAACAUUACCUUCCACCACUACAUCAACGACCGCAGCACCUACAACCCCUGCCAAUCCGUGUUUCCCAAGCCCCUGUGUACAUGGAUCGUGCUUCAUAAGCAGCGGAAACUCUCUCACAUUCUUCUGUAUGUGCCCGAUUGGCUUCGAGGGAGUCCAUUGUGAAACGAUAAUUACCUCUACUGCUUCGACAACAACGCAUACACUACCACAACCCCCCGUUGACGGACAUUGGUGUUCAUGGUCUGUAUGGUCCCUUUGUACAUCCGACUGUCACCAGACACGGACUCGGGUAUGCGACAAUCCAGCACCGCUACACGGCGGCAAAGAUUGCCAUGGUCCAACGACGGACACACGAGAUUGUUACACGUCUCCAUGCCGAGUUGACGGACACUGGAGUUCAUGGACUACAUGGUCUUUUUGUACAUCUCACUGUAAUCAGACACGGACUCGAGCAUGCGCAAAUCCAGCACCGCUACACGGCGGCAAGGAUUGCCAUGGUCCAACGACGGACACACGAGAUUGUUACACGUCUCCAUGCCGAGUUGACGGACACUGGGGUUCAUGGACUACAUGGUCCCUAUGUACAUCUCACUGUAACCAGACACGGACUCGAGCGUGCGACAAUCCAGCACCGUUACACGGCGGCAAAGAUUGCCAUGGCGCGACGAUACAAACACAUGAUUGUUACACGGCGUCAUGUCGAUUGAAAGAUUGCUCACAGCUACUAAGCAGUAGUGUUGCUCUGCCUAGUGGUGUUUACACCCUUACCACUCCACUCACUCACGCCAAAGUCCAGGUGUAUUGUGACAUGGGGACGGACGGAGGAGGAUGGACGAUAUUUCAAAGACGUUUCGACGGAAGUGUUGAUUUUCACAGAAACUUUAGGAAUUAUGAAUAUGGUUUCGGCGAUGUUGUUGGUGAACAUUGGCUAGGACUUAAAUACAUCUACGAGAUAACAUCGAACGGUUAUUUUCAACUUCGCGUAAACAUAACACGCAACGACGGAAGAAAGGCUUAUGAUGUAUAUGGCAAUUUCAGACUACAACCCGGACCUCGCUAUACACUAAAUCUUGGGGCACAAUUAAAGUCGCAUGGUGUUGAACCCUCCAGUGAUACAUUCUUUACAACCUCCUCACGUACACCCGUUGGAAGUGCCUUCAGUACGUAUGAUCAUGACUCCGACAAGUUCGCGGAUGGCAAUUGUGCUGAAUUGUACAAAGGUGGAUGGUGGUAUAAUGAUUGUUACAUGAAUAUUAACCUUAAUGGUUUGUAUCAGCCCGGAAUCAGUAAAACGACGUCAAUGAUUUACGACGGGUUCCCAGGGCUCAAGUCAAGCACGAUCAUGUUUAAAGAGAUCUUCAAGAAAUAAUAAUGCGGGGACAAGAAGCAGUGCUUUCAAUCAUAUGGAAGGAACGGGAAUUUCACUUAAAAUCUUUGAUUUAUUGCCUAUGUCUUUCCUUGUAGUAUUGAUACACAAAUUAAACGACAAGACGCAUU